AUGGAGAACUCAGAGACUACGACGCAGGAACCCAGAUCAAAGUCAGCUUUGUGGGAGGGCACACCGCAAUACGACUAUGUCUCCUUUGAGAAAUGCACCCGUUACGGGAUACCUUUGGAGGCAGGAUGUGAGGCCGGGGGGACAGGGGACGACCUGCACUACCUGGAGAACUCCCUCAGCUACCCACAGCUUUAUGGCCAAUACACAGACCAGAUAACUGACUGUGCAGAGAAGGAAGCAGCAAAACUACUGAAUAAGAAGCAGGCCCAAAAGAACAAUGAAAGACCCCUGAAACGUAUGAGUCAAGUAGAGAUCAAAGAAGAGCACUAUUCCAAAUGUCAAGACUGUGCUAGACGCAUCCAGAAAUAUGUUACCAAGAAGCUUGGAGAGGACUGGAUUUUCUUGGUUCUCUUGGGUCUGGUCAUGGCGUUGGUGAGCUGGGGAAUGGAUUAUGCCAGUGCGAAGAGCUUACAGGCCUACAAGUGGAUGUACAGAGAGCUGCACCCGAAUAUUCCUAUGCAGUAUCUGGUGUGGGUCGCAUACCCACUUGCUCUUAUCCUGUUUGCGGCCAUUUUCUGCCACCUCGUCUCUCCACAAGCUGUUGGGUCUGGAAUCCCAGAGCUCAAGACGAUUAUGAGGGGAGUGGUCCUCAAGGAAUAUCUCACUCUCAAAGCUUUUGUGGCCAAAGUUGUGGGCCUCACAGCUGGGCUUGGAAGUGGCAUGCCUGUGGGGAAAGAGGGUCCUUUUGUGCAUAUUGCCAGUAUCUGUGCUGCGGUACUCAGCAAGUUCAUGUCAAUCUUCUGUGGUGUGUAUGAGCAGCCAUAUUAUUACUCAGAUGUCCUGACUGUGGGUUGCGCUGUGGGGGUCGGCUGCUGCUUUGGGACACCACUUGGAGGUGUCCUUUUCAGCAUUGAGGUCACUUCCACCUACUUUGCUGUGCGCAAUUAUUGGAGAGGUUUCUUUGCAGCUACCUUUAGCGCCUUCAUUUUCCGAGUUCUUGCUGUUUGGAACAAGGAUGCAGUUACCAUCACUGCCCUGUUCAGAACGAAUUUUCGCAUGGAUUUCCCCUUUGAUCUGCAAGAGCUUCCAGCAUUUGCUGUAAUAGGGAUAUGUUCUGGAUUCCUUGGAGCGUUUUUUGUUUAUCUUAAUCGCCAAGUGGUCCUAUGCAUCCGGCGUCAUACGACUCUGAGCCAGUUUCUCACCAAAUACCGCCUUGUAUACCCUGGGGUUAUAACCUUCCUUAUAGCAACUGUGACCUUUCCUCCCGGAUUUGGGCAGUUCAUGGCAGGAGAGUUGAUGCCACGGGAAGCCAUCAGCUCUCUCUUCGAUAACUAUACCUGGGCAAAAUACACAGGGGACCCUGCGAUCCUAGGGAAAUCUGCUGCCUGGAUACAUCCUAAAGUCAGCGUCUUCAUCAUCAUCUUGCUCUUCUUUCUCGUGAAGUUCUGCAUGUCUGUCAUUGCUACCACGAUGCCAAUCCCCUGUGGAGGCUUCAUGCCUGUUUUUGUUCUAGGUGCCGCAUUUGGGCGUCUUAUUGGGGAAAUCACGGCAUCACUUUUUCCCAACGGGAUCCUCUUUGAUGGUAUCGUUUAUCAAAUUUUACCUGGAGGGUAUGCUGUCAUUGUCGUCUUCUCUCCCUAUGUCUUUUCUACACUACCUGGGAAAGGUGCAGCAGCUCUGACAGGAGCGGUGAGCCACACUGUCUCCACUGCUGUGAUCUGCUUCGAGCUGACAGGUCAGAUCUCUCACAUCCUCCCCAUGAUGGUGGCUGUCAUUCUUGCCAACAUGGUGGCCCAGAGUCUGCAGCCCAGCCUCUAUGAUAGCAUCAUCCAGGUGAAGAAGUUGCCCUACCUGCCAGACCUGGGCUGGAAUCCCAUAAGCAAAUACAAUAUCUUUGUUGAGGAUAUUAUGGUCCAAGAUGUGAAAUUUGUCUCCUCCAACUGUAAAUACCGAGACUUGCAAACUCUACUCCAAAGCACCACUGUUAAGACUUUGCCUUUGGUGGACUCGCCAGAGACCAUGAUCCUUCUGGGGUCUGUAGAGCGAUCUGAGCUGCAGGCUCUCCUCCAGAGACAUAUAAGCCCAGAACGGCGACGGCUCCUCAACAGAGAAAUGCAGCAGAAGCUGUCUGAGGCACCCUACGAUGGGCACAGCAAGGGACCGUGGGCAACCCUGCCAAAGCUGAAGCAUGAAUCUUUUGCUUAUGUUGAUGAGGAUGAGGAUACAGAUGAGAAGGGAGAGCUGCCUCGGCCCCCAAGUCCCACUCCCAGUUACCCAGAGGAGCCCAAUGGCCCAACAAGUCCUCUUAAACAAAUACCUGAAACUUUGGAGCCACAGCAACUCCCAGGUACUGAUUUCCCAGAGACUGCGAGGAGUUUUCUCUCCUCUGUUAAAGGCAAUUUCAGGAGUUUGAGGCAACUGAUCCAGCAGCUCUUGUGCCAUUACAACCGUCCACUCGAAACAGAAAGUGCCGUCCAGGAGCCGGUGGAAGUCGUUGACACAAUGAGGCCAGAAGAGAUAGAUGCUUGGGAACAGGAGGAGCUGAACAAGAAUGUGUGCUUUGACAGCUGCCGCAUAGACCCUGCCCCUUUCCAACUGGUGGAGAGAACUUCCCUGCACAAGACGCAUACAUUGUUCUCAUUACUGGGCCUCAGUCAUGCCUAUGUAACCAGCAUGGGAAAGCUGAGGGGAGUGUUGGCUUUGGAAGAGCUCCAGAAGGCAAUAGAGGGUUCCACACGCUCUGGGGUUCGCCUCCGCCCACCCCUUGCCAGUUUCCGUGAUACCAACCGGACUUCUGUCAGCAAUGAGAAGGUCAGACAGACCAGUCAGGUGUGGAGCCAGCAGGACGACUGCAUGGUGGCAGCACAGCAAGAAGCGGACUUGGGCACAGAGACCCCACUGCCUCCCAGCUCACAAUCCCCCCAGCCCUCACACUUGCAUGAAGAGGGGGGAGUCCUGUCCUCCACUGAUGGCACUGAUACUGAGUUGGAAGAGAUGGAGCUGACAGGGCCAGUUGCUGAAAACAUCUCAGACAUCCUCAAGGACAUAAGCCUACGCUCCACUGACCUGGAUGAGGAUGAAGAUGAGGAUGAGGAUGUCCCCUUAUAG